AUGACGCUCCCCAACAACGAGGAUACACCUUACCCAGAGGCAAAGUCCCAACAGACAGCUCUUAUGGACCUCUUUCUUCCCGACUUCAAUAUUGUUUCCAGCACCGCAAGCCAGACCCGUGGUGGCAACCUUAUAGGCUACACUCGGAUUAUAUGCAUCUUUGCGCUAGCUGCUCUAUUGAAGCCGUAUAUAUUUCAGUUAAGUGAUUGGUUCUUAACAUUCUUUCAGUGGACAAUUCACACGAGGCGCUACGAGGAAACGUACAACAUGAUUCGAGGUUGGAUCAUAUCACGUGAAUUAGAUCACGCUGCUCAGUCUGCUCUUGUCACGGUCGGAGCUAGUCCAAUCUGCGUCGAUUAUUCAUACAACAAGAAACCGCUUGAGUGUAUUCCUUGGGGGAGAGAUAUCUACUUCUAUUAUGGGAACAACUUGCUUCCUUAUCGAACCAAACAGGUGGAUCUUGAUUUCCAUAACGAGCAGCAAGUCUCCAUCACUUGCAUUAGCCUAUUUUCCAGUAUCUUGAGAAGAUUCAUGUCGGAGUGCCGACGUGAAGACCUCGAUACAUCCAACAACAAGAUAAUAAUCCAUAGACACCUGGAUAAUAGCUGGGUGGUUAACGCAGCAGUCAAUAUUUGGCCCCUCUCGACAAUUGUUCUACACCCAUCUCUCAAGAAGGCUUUUAUAAAGAAUCUAACGAAUAUUCUUGACCCUGAAACCAAACACUGGUACUCCGAUCACAGAACGCCAUGCAAACGAGGAUAUUUACUCCAUGGACCUUCAGGAACAGGACAAACUAGCCUCAUCUUCUCAAUUGCUAGUGAAAUUGAUAUAAACAUACAUACCUUCAUGGUCCCCAAUAUCGACGAUCAAAAACAGAGAGACCUAUUUGUUGGUCUUCCAAAAAAAUGUCUCACGCCGUCAGAGGAAAUCGACAGACCUAGACCGAUGGGUCCCCGAGAUUCUAAUCCGAAUGAAUCAGAUAGUGAAAGGGACACUGAAUUGCACCAACGAGGGGCAACUGUCUCAGGUGUCUUGAGCACACUCGAUGCUAUUUCUUCCAGGGUCAAUUGGAUACUUAUCGUGACGGCUAAUCACCCUCUUAUACUAAACGAAGAUCUCAUUAGGCUUAGUAGAGUCGACAUGAAGGUCGAAUCGAAGCUCUCUAAUCGGUUCAUUUCCAAAGCAAUAUACAUCUACACGUUUAGGGAACAAGAAGCAACUCCUACGUAUAUGGAAAACCAAGCCACCGCAUUUGCAGCAAAGGUGCCAGAAGGUAAAUCAGUCCAAUAG